UCCCUCUGGCUCAGUGUUCUUGUGGCGCGCUUCAUUAGACCACCCACUUUCCUGUUCUUCCCUGGACGCGGGUUAUGGAUCUCCCGGUAUAUGUCAGCUGCUUCUGGACUCGGAGCAACCGUCUCUAUCUUCUGGUUACUCGUCCGUUUCCGUAUCUUCCAUCUUAUAUUACAAACUUUCUCCCUCUUAUGCUGGCGAGCAGCUUUAACAACCUGGUCGUACCUUUGGAAGGGCUGUAUGAUGUCAGUUUUAAGCUUAUCGCUUUUUGGAGUCGUCGGACUACGUUUAAGGGGAUAGGCGAUAUACAGCUCAUAUACUGCCAAAAGACAACAUUAUUCUCUGAAGAGAGCGGACCUGUCUCGUGCGAGCGUCGCGAAAAGUGCAAGAAAGUUGAUAAACUAAAUGCAAACAAAACACAAUAACUAAAGUGGUUAAUUUCAAAUAAGCGAAAAGACGAUAGAGUGAGCAUUUUAUAUUUCAACUCACAAAAUCGGUGUAAUGACUUAAACUAGCACAUAAUUAUU